AUGUGUUGUGCCCUGUUUCCUCAGGCAGGGAAGCCCCCCAUCCAGGACCUCUUCACCGACCUGUGUGAUGGCCGUCGCCUGCUGGAGCUGCUGGAGGGACUGGCAGGUCACGAGCUGGUGAAGGAGAGAGGAUUCACGCGCGUCCACUCGCUAAACAAUGUCAAUAGAGCGUUGCAGAUCCUACAGAAGAACAAUGUUGAACUGGUGAAUAUUGGAGGAGCCGACAUUGUUGAUGGGAAUCAUAAAUUGAUUCUUGGACUCAUUUGGAGCAUAAUUCUCCACUGGCAGGUAAAGGAUGUGAUGAAGGAUGUGAUGGCAGGCCUACAGCAGACCAACAGUGAGAAGAUUCUGCUUAGCUGGGUGCGCCAGUCCACCAAGGACUAUCCCCACGUCAAUGUGGUCAACUUCUCCUCCAGCUGGUCCGACGGCCUGGCCUUCAACGCACUCAUCCACAGCCACAGGCCCGAGCUGUUUGAUUGGAGCAUUGUGGAGAAGCAGAAGAGUGCCAUGGAGAGAUUGAUCACGCCUUCAGCAAGGCUGAGCAAACCCUGGGCAUAG